CCCCCCCCCCCCCCCGCGUGUGUUUAAUCUAUUUGCAUACUUUCCUUCUGUUUCCCGCCGACUCUAAACGCCCUGAGCUGAUAAUCGACCGGAUAACAAUGCGAACUGCGAUUAUGCAUAGGCCCAAAAGGCCUCAAAAAUUACCAACAACAUAAAUCUGAGUCCUAAAAACUUUAUUCACAUCUCAUAAAAAACAAUAAGAUAUACUUGAAUCGACGGAGCGUCGCGCGUCGGUGUGGCGGAAAAAACAACGACGCAACGAUAACGAGGACGACGUAGACGUCACGUCGCACGUGCGGUACCCGGCGAUACAUCGCGGGGGCGACGCUUUAAUCGCUCAAAAAGAAAGAAAAUCAUGCGUCUCCUGACGGCGGCAAACGCCGAUAUCAUUCCCGCACGCAGCAUCACCGAGGAUGUAUCGUUGGACAGCGAUGUUGGCUCGCGCGGAUCCGAGAAGUGCGGCGGCAGCAGCAGCAGCAGCAACAGCAGCAGCAGCAGCUGCAACAACAGCAACGGCAACAGCAACGGUUGCAAUAGCGGAAUCCGCGACGGCGUCGGCUACGCCAGCGGCCACGACCGCGGUCAAUGGUACAACGAUAGCGACAGCAGCGAUAACGGCUACGCUUUCUGGGAAUGUACGUCUUCUAUCCAGCGGACGAGCUCCUGCGUAUCUAUGAAAAUCCGAUUCGGGAGUCCGUGUCAUUGACUGUCAACGACGCAGCCGUAAACGGUGAUUACGAGGAGAUAAAUCA